AUGACAUCAGCUCAGACCUUUGACAAGAUCAUUGAAGAAAUUCUCGCUCUUCCAAGGCAAGAUGCAUCAGCAGAGCCCAUAUGGUACUGCAUAGCGGCCUCCGCAUACACUUCUGCCAACGCGAGUCCGCUCGUGGUAGAAGUGUACAAAGCUGCCAUAAAAGAUGUGACUUCGCCCAUGGAGCGACGGCGGAUAUUACAGCGAAUCCUGGAGACUAUGAUCAAAGGCACAUUGCUUUACGGCAUUCCUCGACUACUCAACGCGUUCUAUCCACUUGUGUCAUAUGUGGAAGCAGAAGGCCUUCUUGAAGGUAGUGGCUCUGGACCGGUCCUCGAUGCUCGAAAGGAUAUGGUAAAUCCGUUCGAUUUGGCAACUCGGGGCUUGGAGUACUUCCGCAAUAUCUACCGUGAUGAAACUGAGAAUAUAUUUGCUCCUAUGUACAAGUUCUCGCCAGAUAUUCAUCAAGCAUCAGUGCUUCUCGAAUACGGCCCGUAUCUAUCGGAAACCUCUAUUCUGAAUCCUAUCGAAACUUCUCAGAUUACAAUUGCGGCAUUGUUGCCUUUGGAUGUAGCUAAGCAGGUCAAAUGGCAUAUGAGAGGACUGAUACGGAAUGAAGGCACGGAGUUGCAGGCCAAAUAUGCCCUUGAUAUUACAAAAAUUAUCUGUGAGGCUGAAGAUGUGCGGCUGAAAGGUGGCGUCCCGGAUCUAUCUGUUUGCAGGGAAAAGGUGCUUUUCUGA